CUGAUAAACUCUCUUGCGCUACCCUCGACCUGCACGACUUGCCGACGGCCAGACUUACAAUGCAGUCCCACCCCUAACAGAUUGCAGCCGGACUCUGAUUGAUCACGCCUUUGCUUUUUCGCCCAUCAUACGCUUUUGUUCACCGCCGUGCUUCUGAGAGACCCGAAUUUUCGCCUUGUCAGGGGCCGAGUCGACCCGCCUGUGGAAGCCAUGGAGAAUGAUCACACGUCGAGACCGUCCGCCCGCUCACGUAUCCCCGGUCUUAGAGAGAUGAAUCCAGCCUCGACAAAUGCCCGCUCCGGUCUUAUGCAACCCGGUACCAUCGCCGGCGCCAUAACCAGCAAGUCAACGACCCUGUCGCAACCGUCUCGUCCUAGAAGUACCACGCAAGCACCCGAGGUUGGCAGAGCCGGAGCCGGAGCAGCAUCGUCGCGUGUCAACAGCAACAACACCAGACUUCAUAGCCGCGCCAAUUCCCACUCAUCCUCUACAUUGACCAGAUCAGCUUCCACCUCCACGCGAACGAAAGCCUCUACCGCUGGUCCCCCGCGGCCACACACCAGCAUGUCUCGCACCCACUCCGUCGCGAGCUCCCGAAGACCGAAUGGCCAUGCCAUCCCUCGCCCGGCAACGUCAAUGGAUACCCAUGAUGAGGAGGACUCUACCGCUAGUGUACUAGGGAAACGAAAGGGUGCCGAAUGGGACCAGGAAAGUCGCGAAAGGACAAUGGAAGACCUUUUGAACACCUUCGUCACGAGAGUUAGCCAAGCCGGGCAAGAAAGCAAUGGGCUCAAGGAAGCACUUGACCUGUACAAAUCCAGAGUGGGCGAGUUGGAGGCUUCCCGAAAAGAAAUUACCGACACAAAUCUUACUCUCCGUGUGGAAAUGGAGUCACUCAAAGUCCGGCUAGUUGCAGCGGAGGAUGCCUUGAAGGAUGCGCAGAGAGACCAUGAAAUAGAAGUUGACGACCUUAGCGCCCGUCAACGCAUCGAGGUGGAGACCGCGCGGUCAGAAGGUAGGAAGGAGCUGGAAUUAUUAAACUCCCGGCAUCAAGAGCAAAUCCAAGAACUUAAACGACGGUUCGAGCGUGAGAUUGAGGAUGAAAGAGCCGCCCGGCUUCGAGAAAUCAGUCAGAUUACCUCACAGACCGCCAUUGACUCACAAAGGUCGAAUAUGGAGCUUGACAGGAAAGAACGGGAAAUCAACACGCUUCGGGAUGAUGUGCAGGCUCUGCGGGCAGAACUUGAGCGUGAGCGCAAGAACAACCGGGCUCUCCGGCAGAACCUGGAUAUGGCUAGUACCAACGGCGUGACAUUGGAGUCAUCUGUUCGUGCUUUGAAAGCUAGAAUCGAGUUCCUCGAGUCAGGACGCGAGGAGCAGUCCCAAGCCUUUGAACGCCUGAACCAGCAGAUGAUGGAUGCGUUAGCUGAAACCAACGCAACCAAGGAUAAGUUAAGGAAGGAAGAGACCUUGAGAAGAAAACUUCACAACCAGGUGCAAGAGCUCAAAGGAAAUAUUCGGGUGUUCUGUCGAGUCCGUCCAUCGCUUCCCUCGGACCCUGCCACUGGAGUGGCUCAGAUUCAGUAUCCCGAUGAGAUGGAGGACAGCAAAGAGAUUGCUCUCUUGGGCCCCGAAGAGAAGAGCAGCCUCGGCACAAUAUCGAAAAAGAACAGCAACUUUUCAUUCGAUCGUGUUUUCGGACCGACCACGCAAAACGCGGAAGUUUUCGAUGAAAUCAGCCAACUUGUCCAAAGCGCCCUGGAUGGAUAUAACGUCUGUAUUUUCUGUUACGGCCAAACUGGUAGUGGAAAGACCUACACUAUGUCUUCUCUUGACGGUAUGAUUCCCCGCGCGGUGCACCAGAUCUAUGAGACAGCCAAGGGCUUGGAAGAAAAGGGCUGGAGAUAUACUAUGGAGGGCAACUUUGUUGAAGUGUACAACGAGAACCUGAACGACCUCCUGGGCAACCCCGAAGAACUCGACAAGAAGAAGCUUGAAAUUCGGCACGAUAUGCAGAGAGGAAAGACUAUUAUCACGGAUGUCACUACUGUUCGAUUGGAGUCUCCUCAGAUGGUCGAGACGAUUCUAAGGCGCGCCGCCUCUAACCGCUCCGUGGCAGCUACCAAGGCCAACGAGAGAUCUUCCCGAUCACACUCGGUCUUCAUUCUGAAGCUGAUCGGGGAGAACGAUAUUACUGGUGAACGUAGUGAGGGAACCCUCAACCUGGUGGACCUGGCUGGUAGUGAGCGUCUAAGCCACAGCGGUGCUACCGGCGAACGGUUGAAAGAGACGCAAAACAUUAACCGCAGCUUGAGCUGUCUGGGUGACGUUAUCGCUGCCCUCGGACAGGGUAAAGAGGGCGGACACAUACCCUAUCGAAACAGCAAGCUUACAUAUCUCCUCCAAUUCUCUUUGGGAGGUAACUCCAAAACUCUCAUGUUUGUCAUGGUCAGCCCGUUGCAGGCGCAUUUGUCGGAGACCUUGACCAGUCUCAAGUUUGCGACCAAGGUACAUAACACGCAUAUUGGGACCGCCAAGCGGCAGGCACGCGUUCGCGAUUCCUAAAUCAUGAUACCUUUUGAUCUUUCUGGGCGGCCUUCAUGAUCCAGGCCUUGGCAGGGGUGUUUGGAGUUUUUUUCCUCUCUUGGGAGUGAGAUGUUAGCCUUUUUCUGUUUCGGUAUACAUAUGGAUUUGGUAACUUGGCUUAAUGUAAUGCCAGAUAUACUGUGUGAUUGUCCUCAAGGCACCUGUUGUGCUUAUGGAUCUAGCCC